AGUUAUGUUCCCUGCUCUUAUUGUCUUCAGGUUUUAUUCUUAGGUCAUGUCAGUUUCCUCCCUGAUUAGUAAUUGAGUUCACCUGGUCUCUCUCUCCCCACACACCUGCAAUUCAUCUCCCUCUCAUCCUCCCCAGUGUAUAUAACCCUGUCUGUGUCUCUAUGUGUUGUCGGCCCAUUGUUCUUGUCAGUCUCGUCUCGUUCCUGUUCCUAGCUUCCAGUGUUUCUAGUUCUCUAGUGUUUUUGAUGACUCCGUUUAGAUUUUUUAUUUUUGGCUCACUGCCUUUGGAUUACUACCUUAAUAAAGGAUUUUUACUUUAUCCUCCACCUCUGCCUCGUUCCUCUGGUAUCUGCAUCUUGGGUCCUAAAACAUCCUCCUACACCAACUCGUGACAGAAUGGACCGACCAUCCAGGACCCAGCAGAGACUCCAGAUGUACAGAUACGAUGGUGAUCCUGAGACCUGCUGGACUUUUAUUCAGGACUGUGCUGGCUGCCUGGACUUAAAUUCUUCUGAAUUCAACAAGGUGUCUUUCAUGGUGCUUUGCCUGGGAGGCAAAGCUCUGCGGUGGGCCACCAGCUACUUCGACCAUCACCCCAUAACAGAUGUCUCCUUUUGGCGCUUUGCGAAGGACCUAUUAUUAACCUUCGGCUCCACUCCACCACCACCUUCCGUCAGUAUCUCCACGACCCGGAUUUACCAAACCUCCCUACCCUCACCCGGUCCGGACAGCACCACCUCUCCAUCUCCGGUGGGCUGUCAAUCCUCAUCUCCAUCUGUUUCAGCCGGCACCAUCGCGGAACCUUCGAUGGGCCGAGCCACCACACCUCCACCAGGUCCAGUUGGCAUUGCCGGCGUUAUCCCCGCACCUCCUAGGAGCUGUACUCGUCGCAGACGUCACCACCAUCACCAGCAGUCCCCAGAGUUGUGCCACCUAUCCAAGAGGCCCCUGCAACCUCAGCCCGAGCCCCUUCCAUUAACCAGCAGAUCAUCCACUCGUCGUCGACGUCACCACCAACACCAGCAGUCUCCUGAAGCCAGAGCUGUGCCGCCUGUCCAAGAGGCCCCUGCUCUGCAGUCCAAGUCUGAGCUCCACCUGCCUUCACCGUAUCCAGUCCCAGAGGCCGCACCUCAGCCUGUCCAAGAGCCUCCGGUCCUGCCCGUCCACAAGGUUCCGGUCCCGCCCGUCCACGAGGUUCUGGUGUGUCUAGUGGUAUUUGUUAGAACCUCCAGCCCCAAGAUCAAGUGAACCCUGUGUAACAAACAAACAAUGUGAGUGUUUUAAUUGAAUAAGGAAAACAUUUUUAUACCCAGGUUUCUUUCUCGUCUGUUCUUAUCUUUUUCUCUUAGCUUCUUAAAGGGAGUUGCGAAGCAUAGCAAGUUAAAACAUAACAGGAAGCAGAGUAAAUGUACAUAUAUUCCUAUUAUGCAAUGUGUUUUGAGGUGAAGUCACAGUAGGGUUGUGAUUUGGUGGGAACUUUACUGCCAGAAUUUCAGUUUGUGUAUUUUAUUUUGCAAUAUGCACACUGUUUGUUACAUUGGUCUUUUAUUGUGAAGGGUUCUCAUGUAGGAACACAUUUUCAAUGUGUUGGUUCCGGUGGUGCAAAAAAGAGAGAUGCACGCUCAUGAGAGGUUCAAGCAUGGACUGUUAAACAUAGAAGUUCAGAGAUUUUUCUUUUAAGAUACUUAUUUCUGCCUUUAAGCACGGGUCAGCCAACGAGGUAUGUUUUAUGUAUCAUAAGUGUCAUUUUUUGUUGCUUCUUACCGUAUUCUGUCUCACUGCAUUUAUGUGUUGUUUUAGUUCCACCGUGGCACAAGACUGAAAAACUUGAUGCUGUAACCACAAGAUUUACUACCAGUUAGUCGAGUUCAUGCCAUCAGUGACAGAACUCUUUAUUGACGUAAAGAAAAACAUUAAAGAAAGGGCAGAAGUAAAAGAGAAGGAAUGAUCCUUGUAGAUUGUACAUCCUCGAUACAAGUGCUGCAUCCCACGUUGUUGUCCUUUACCCUAGAUCGGGGUCGCUUCCAGCCCAUGAGCCAACACUUCCUGUCCUGGAAACCACAAAUUGCGGCCAUCAAGAUGUAAAUGUUGCUUAGAAAUAAAUGCUGAUAAUUAGCUUAAACAGCACACCGGCAUCAGGGAGGCUUAGGUUGUUUAUAAGGUUAGAUCAUGGUGGUAAUGUGCCACAAUCGUGUCCUUAUUACAAAACAUUGUGUGAUGGCUGUUUAAAGGGGGUAUGGGGAUGGUCCAUCUUUAGCAUUUGUGUUUCUGUGCUUACGAUCCGUGUUCGGUUGUAGUCCAGUACAUGGUUUUCCCUUGUGCAGUGGUCUGUUCCAGCUGAUUUCUUUUGUGUACUUUCUGCUUCUUGUUUCGCUGCUCUUGUGUUUCUUUGAUCUUUAUGAUCUUUAUUUCACUUUACUAUGUUCUAUUUUCAUGUGUUGAGUUUAGGAAUGAAACGAUUCAUUGAACGAUUCAAAUGGUUUGAUUCAUUAAGUUCAUCGAGUCAUUUCUCACUGAUUCAAAGGUUGGUUAAUUGUGCGCACCACAGUCUGAACACAUUUACUGGUGCACCAUGAGAUGGUCUAGGUGCUGUGGAGGAAAAAAGAGAAACCAGCAAAGACAGAAACGACUGGAAAUGGAAGAAAUGGUUUAUUUAUAGAGCGCCUUUCACAGAUAUAAAUCACAAAGCGUUGUACAACAUGAUAAAGAUCAGGGCAAAUACCUCCAACCAAUAAAAACAUCAGAAAAACAAUAGCAGUGAUAAAGUAGAAAAUAAAAUCAUGAGUAUAAACAAAGUGAAGGUGUGAACCCGAACAAAGCCAUCAUUCUGAAACAUUUAGGGAGGGAACGCCUGGAUGAAAAGGUGAGUUUUUAGAUGAUUUUUAAAGACCUCUACAGUGUUAGAGAGAGAUUUGAAGGCAGACUGUUCCAAAGUCUGGGUGCAAUAGUCUGAAAGGCCCUGUCCCCUUUGGUUUUCAGUCUGGUUCGAGGAACAGCCAGGAGGUUUUCAGAUGUGGAUCUAAGGUUCCGAGAGGUGGUGUGUGCGGAUAAAAGCUCAGAUAGGUAGCUUGGAGCCUGGUUGUUAAGCGCUCUAUAGGUCAGGACUAAAACUUUAAACUGUAUUCUAUAUUCUACCGGGAGCCAGUGGAGGGACUGUAAACCUGGAGUGAUGUGAGCUCGUCUGCUGGAUUUGGUUAGGAGUCUGGCUGCUGCAUUUUGGAUGGCUUGAAGGCGUGAGAGGGAGGUUUUGCUGAGACCAGUAAAAAGAGCGUUACAGUAGUCUAAGCGUGAUGACACAAAGGCAUGGAUGAUUUUUUCCAGAUCUGCAGUAGAAACCAGUUUACGGACUUUUGAAAUGUUUCUCAGUUGGAUGAAACAAGAGCAGGAGAUGGUUUUGACGUGUGAGUCUAAACUUAAAGCUGGAUCAAAAAUAACUCCUAGGUUUCUAAUGUUGGCCUUGGCUGAUGGGAAAAAAGGAAGAAAUGGUCCUAAGUUUGGGAUCAAGAGUUGAACUACGGGCAGAUUGGCUAAUGCUAAGCUAGCGUGUUGCACGCUCACGAUUACGUGGAGUUCCAAAAAAAGUGAUGGUUGUGAAUAUCUCUACAAGCGGAAGAAAAAUCCCCACCAGCUUGUUGUGUGGAUGUGUGCAGCUGCUACCUGGAGUCAGGUUGUUGCUGCUGAGAGUCGGCAACUGGAGUCUGCUCCAGACACCGCAGCAGGGCUGUAGCAAGCAGCUGUAGCAUGUAAUUCACAAAUGCUUCCAUAUUUCAAUACAGCUUAGUCUGGAUUAUGUUGCCAACCUGUACAUAAUACAAUAGAUAAGCCACCAUCACAUUGUUACUGGUAGUUAUUACAUGUUGUUAUAAUUUCCAGAAGCUUGCUGCUGAACACGUGACUGAAAUACAUAAAUUGUACUGAUUAUAUGUGACUUUAGAUAUGUUUAGACUAGGAAGAGUGAUGGUAAACCUUCACUAAACGUCAUGAGUGAUGAAGGAAGCCAUAGAGAUAAGGAGACGUGGAUGCGGGACCAUGAACAGAGACGAUGGGGUCUACACAUUGGAUCGUGCAUGGGACUGUGUCAUCAGUGAGGGGAGAGCGGGCAGCAGAGGGCGACGUCCUCUGCUGCCCGCGGAUAAACGGCGUAGGAAGUGACGCCACCAUCAGAGUCAGCUCUGAGGAAGUUUACAGCCACGAACAAAACUGUCAGCAAUGUUAAAAAAAACCUUUUCUGUGUUUUAAAAAGAACCAAAAAUGCAACGUCAUACUAAAACAAGUCACUUUAGUGUUAACCCUCUCAGGCUCAAAAUAAGUCUUGAUAAAAGGACGAACAACUAAGUCCUUCAGGGGAACUUCUGAGUUAAAAAUGCUCAUGAAGUACGUAUGUGGAGUAACCAGGUAGGUAGGUUUUUACGUUGCUAAUCUGCAACGCCUGCCUCCAGAGGGUUAAACAAAUUAUUAAAUCUGAAAUCAGCUUUAGUCUUCAGUUUGUUCUCAAUGUGCAUGGCAUAACGGAUGGUGGCCCUCGCUAGUUUAGAAACUCUGGAUACGGCCCUGCUACUGUCUCUCAUCAGAAGCGCACGCGAAGCACCGCAGCUAGAGAGGAAGAAGCCUGUGGUUUUUCAAAAUAAGAAGAAGAACCCAACACCAGCAGACUCAGUGCUCCACUCCAACAGCCUGAAGAGACACCAUCAUCAGCUUCAACAGAUGUGUGUGAACAUGUGUGAGCUGCUGGCCCCAUGGAUCCUGCUGACUGGCCACAGCAGUAGAACAAAAUGGAAAGUAGAACUUUCUUUAUGAUGACACUUUGAUAUUUGAGUUUUGCUUUUGAUUGCACAGUUUAAUGCUGCUUUUGAUUUUUCAUCCUCACUCCAAUGAUGUUUGCUCAACAUUUUGAGUUGUUGGUUAUUGUAAUAUUCUCAGGUUACUUAUCUUUCAAGCUGACAUUUAUUCUUCAGGCUGUUGACUUUAAAGAGUUGCUGUGUGAAUAUUUAAAAUUAAAAAUUCGUAACUAAGGAAUCACUGUGGAGUUGCUUUUUCCAAUGUGUGGUGGUCGGGUGGACUUGGGUUUGGCUGAGAGGUGUGCAG